AUGAAGGCUUCGGGCUUUUCAAUUGAAAUACACAAGUUGUCUGAAGAAGAAUUAGUGUUUGACGUUAGAGGAUACCACGUUUCUUUUGCCAAUGCCAUUAGAAGAAUCUUGUUGGCUGAAAUUCCGUCGAUGGCAAUUGAAAAUGUAGAACUAUACAACAACACAAGUGUGAUGCACGAUGAGUUUCUUGGACUGCGACUUGGACUCAUUCCAAUCAAGGUUGAUGCUAAACAGUUUGAAUUCCAAAAAGGACAAGUUAAUACGGAAAAUAAUACUAUAAUCUUCCAGCUGAACGUUCGUAAUUUACCAACUGCCAAGGAGAACCUUCAUGUGUACAGUCGUGAUCUUGAGUGGCAGCCUCUUGGUGAUCAGAAAGAAACUUUUCCCGACGGAAUUGCACCAGUUGAUGGGGACAUUCUUAUUGCCAAGUUAGCUCCAAGUCAGAAAAUUGAAGCCACACUAUACUGUCGCAAAGGAAUCGGUAAAGAUCAUGCAAAGUUUUCCCCAGUAGCUGGGUGUUUUUAUCGCCACUUGACAACGUUUGACUUGGCAAAAGACAAACCUCUAACUGCUGAAGAAGUUGAAAAGCUAAAGACAUGUUUCCCUAAAGGACAUUUUAAGUUUCCUGGAGACUCGACGUCAGAUUAUGACAAUGAAAGAGUGAAAUCUUUACAAAUUGUUAACAAUCGAUUAGAAUCUAGUGAGCUUACCUUUAAGAGUUGUCCCAGUUUGGAGGAGAAGCUUCUCAUUACAACGUCUGAUGAUACUUUGACAUUUACUGUCGAAUCGAUUGGAAUGGUACCAGCUUACGAAUUAGUUCUUGAUGCCAUUGACACUCUUCGCAGUAAAUGCUCUCGAUUUCAAAAAAUGGUUUCCAAGAAACGUCGUUCGUAG